CUCUUUUUAUUCUGUUGUAGACAAAAUGGCUGUCAAUGUCAUUUUAGGUUAGGAUAUGCAACAUGACUUUUUAGAGAAUUUAAAUUGAAACAAGAAGAAAAAUGAAAUAUAUUUAUAAAAUGGAAUCAGUGAUAGUUACUAUAACGGCUGUUUUGUGUACUAUAUUGCUUUUGAAGUUAAUUAACAAAUUACGGUUAUUAGUUUCUUGGCGCGUAAAUUGUUGGUUCUGCAACAAUAAUUUUUGGGUGAAGUAUCCCGACCGCAAUAGCUGGACUUGCCCGAAAUGCGAACAGUACAACGGAUUUACAAAGGAUGGAGACUACAACAAGCAGUUAACCACUGCUAAUGACCAAAUUAUGAAAACGCCAAAGGUAUUCCAAAAAUCUCCACCCAAGAAUGGCCUGUGCAAAAUGUGUAACAUAAACCAGCAAUUGAAGGUGACACAGCUGGCCAACUUCGUUCCUAUGAAUGAGAACAAAUAUGACGAAGAAAUAGAAGGCUACAGGUUACAACUGGAGAAAGCAUAUAAAUUAUGUAGUCCAUGUAAAAAAGUUGUACAAAUUAAACUGCACAAAGAGAAAGAAACUCUCUUGGGUUCUAAAUUAUUAGAGAAAAGAACCCCUGAAAAGAAAAAUCACAAGAAAGACAAACAGACACAAAUAUUGAAGAGUUUCAUAAACAGUACCUCAAUGCUUAUUGCAUUUAUACUUUUUAUACUGGUUUCUUUUGAAUUUUAUAAGAAUAUAACAAAGUAUGAGAAUUUACAUAGUACAAUAACUAAUAUAAAAGAAAUACUGACAGGUCUUCUAGAAAGAAUAUGUUCAAUAGUAAAAAUGAAGACAUUACAGACAUUCCCUAUAUUAGAAACUUAUGACAUAGAUAAUAUAACACAUUUACAUUCAAAUUUGCCAAAUAUGUUUAAUUUUGAACACAAACAGUUUGACAGUAUUAACACAAUGAUUCAAAAGGCUUUAGGGGGAUUUGUAUGUUUGAUACAGAUUGUUGGCAAUGUGUGGAAUGUCAACAGCCUCAAGUAUACUGUAGCAUUUGACUUGCUGUGGUCAGUAUUCGUAAUCAUGUCAAUAGCUGACAAGACAGUUGCUGUGGACCCAUUAAUCAUUAGUUGUUUUAAGAUGGCAAGUGCUUUGACGAUUCUGUUAGUGUAUAAGAAUAUGAAAACAAAAAAGGUUAGAAGUUCUUUAAGAUUACAAGCUACUCCUAAAAAAAUGAAGAAUCUGAGUAACGGAUCACCAAAUGCAUUGAUUGACGAAGAUGAUUCCACAACACUAGACACAGAUGAUGAUGUGUCACUUAGUAAAUUUGGGUUGCAUAACUAUUCGGAAUCAUCGAAUGAAACCAUCAGCCCUAUGAACGGUAGCAUGAUGAGUGGAAGAAUGUUUACACCCAGGAAUGACAGUGUAUGGACAAAACCUAAGUUAAAUUCCACAUUUUGUGUUAAUCCUGUAUUUACCAAAAGUCCAAGUUCAGUUUCUGAUACCAUAUUUGCCAAACCUAAUUUUAAGAAAUAUCAGAAACUGGCUAAAGAUGAUUCUGAUUCAGAAUUAGAUGAAAGUAUAAGUUCCUUAUGUAUUGGUAGUCCCAAUAAGUCAAAAAAGAAGACUAAUCCCGUAUUCUCAUUAAGAAAAUUCACUGCUUCUCCUAAUUUCGUGACUCCAACACCCUUGACUCGUGCCAGACCGCUUAUAUCUCCCAGUAAAUUAGGUCAUAGCACCUCAUGGGUGGCAGGAGGUUACUGGGGCUCUGAGGGGGAGCGACAACUAUUUAGUAUCAACGGAAGCCGUUCUUCCAGCCAAAGCUCAGGCUUUGAAUCUCAGACUUCUAGCAUGAACCAACGUAACAUUUUUUCUCAACCUCCUUCCCGCGAGGAGUCUGUCUGUGGAGAGCCCAUGGUGCAAGAUAGAUUCCCGAAUAUGAGCAGUUUAGGCAGUUGCCAACCAAUGAGUAACUUCUCUAGCAUCAGUUCGCCAGUGUUCCCUCAGAUGCAAUACAAUGGCUAUGUACACAUACCACAGCCUAGAUUGCCGCAACAUAAUGCUUCCAAUAACGUCUUCGCUCAACAAACACAAUACGUACCCGGCGACUUGUUCAAAACCCCCGGCGGGUCCGGCCUUAUCAGAUUGCCUCAAGUCAACUCCUUCUCUUCUCACUAAUGCUCACGCACUAGUCAGUGAACUUAAAUUUUUCAUAUACAUCAUAUUUACUACUAUAUUUUUGUCAUUUCGUUCCUGAAAACAUUUUUGUAUAGUUCCAUUCACUGCCAUUGUGUUAUUUUGUUAAGUUAUGUGACGCGAUAGUAUUAAGUGGUUGUUAGUUAUAAUAUUUGAGACUAAACAUAGUUAUAAGAUUUGCUGAUCUCGUGUUGGUGCCAGGUGAUGGCUAUAUGAAAACAUUAAGAAUUAUUGUAUUGUUACGAUUUUUAUAUGGACGUCACUGUCCACUUCUUGAACAAAAUGUGAUAUUAUAAAGACUAGUAAUUUUUGCAUAAAGUGAAGAAAAUGGUUCUUGAUGUUAUCAUGAUUUUGAUUUUGUCAUCUUAAAUCGAAAACUUUUUGUGAAACUCCUGUAAUAAAAUAUAUGAAAUGUAAUUAUGGUA